CCCCUCCUCGAUUCGCCAUGAAACCGACCCUCGGUUCCAUUUUCUUCAAGACAACAACUUAAGACUGCCGCCGCUGCUUCGUGCCGGUGUGGGAGCAUCUCAGCAUCCGACGACGGCACCGAGCCAAAAUUGUGGUAAUUUGUACGUGCACACAUAUCAUAUCUCAUGCGAGUGCAUCCUCGAGAGAACACACCCGAUCUGCUGCUCCAAUUACAUUUCCUACCAUGAGCACAGCCGCAGCCAUGGCCGUCGCGAGCACAGGCACCUUGACGACCGCCCCGUCGACGACGACGACACAGUGCUGCCCGAAGUGCGGAUUCGGCGCCGAUCUGCCGCCCUACGAAGAAACCCAAGCGGCCCUCCUCAACGCGCAGAAGCAGAUCGAAGACCUUCAAGCCCAGGUCCGCCUGCUCAACCAGAAAGCCACGGCCGCCGUUGACCGCUGGGCCGACUACGAAGACGAACUGGCCAAGCUGCGCGCCCAACUCCAGUCCCGUCCGCAAACCCCGUCCUCCUCCGCCCCGCCGCCGCCGCAGCAACAGCAGCAACAAAGUCACCAACAGCCCUCGACAGCAAACCAAUCCUCCCUCCCGACACCGCCCAGCUCGGCAGCCGGCCUGCCGUCUCCCUCGCCCUCGCGCUCCUCCUUCCUCACAACAAGCGCAGCAAGCCGCAUCUCGGCCCUCCUGUCGCGAAAAUCGCCUCCCACACCAGAGCCACCAUCACAACAACAACAACAACAUCAACAUCAACAAAAGCAGCAGCAGCAGCAGCAGCAACCGACACAGCUACAGCCACACCCCCCUCUCCAGCCUCUCCCGGCGCCGCACUCGCCCCCGGCCUCGCUGGCGGCACCGGACCUGCUGGCGGCGCUGGCGCGCGAGCAGGCGCUGCGGCUCGAGGCCGAGGGCCGGCUGAGCCAGACGAGCCGCGAGGUGGAGGAGCUGAGCGCGAGCCUGUUCGAGCAGGCCAACGAGAUGGUGGCGGCGGAGCGGCGGGCGCGCGCGCGGCUCGAGGAGCGCGUGAGCGAGCUGGAGCGCCGCGAGGCCGACAAGCGCCGCCGUCUCGAGCGCCUCGAGCGCGCCGUCGGCAGGAUCGAGCGCGUCAGGGGCGUCCUGGGCGAGGUGGACCGGCUGGGUAAGGAAUAGAGGCAGGCAGACAGACACACAAACAGAGAGAGAAAAGGGGGGGGCUGGUCUCGGGAAUUCAACUGAUUACGGAUUCCGGUAUCAGGGAGAAAAAUACCGAGAAAGAGAGAGAGAGAGAUUCAAAGAAAAGAAGGAAGCAAAAAGAGAAAGAUACUGGGCCACCAACGCUGAUGUCCAUGGAGAUGGGG